AUGUUCGAUCUACCAAAUGCCAAGCGCGUCCGUCGCGAUGACAUCGGCGGUACCCCAACAUCUUCCCGCUCACCCUCACCAGCACCAGACGACGCCGCCGCCCAGGACGCAUACGCCCGUCUAGGAAAGCUCCUCAACCUCGAUCAAUUGAAUACCGCACCAGAACCAGUCAUUUCAGAAAGUGGCGCCCCACAACCCGCGGACGACGAGGACGAUGAACAAGAAUUUGAAUUCCGCCUCUUCAGUGCCCCCGCUAAAUCAGCAGAAGACAGCACGAAGCAAUCAGACAAGGAUGAAAAUACAGAUGCGAAGCCGGCUGCGACACAGAAACUGAGGAUUCGGCUACACUCACCCACCCCGGGUUCUGGCGGCGGCGAGGGACGAUUCGUGAAAACUUCGCGCGGUUGGGAUUAUUACUUCUCUACCCCGUCUUUGCAGGGAAACCGCGGAGAUAUUUCCUCCGAAGAGGAGAGCCGCAUCGCUGAGAAGAAGAAGCAGUUUGAGGCCGUGGCUGUUAGUGGGCAGCAGAUGUUGACUUGGGCACAGUCGUUAGUCUGGCCCGGCUGCCAUCUUCCUUGGCGAGUCAUCCACCUUAAGCGCCAUCAAACCAAAACUCCGCGACCAGCCAACAGCCCCCCUGUUUAUGUGAUAGACGGUGUGCCUCUCUCCAAGAGCCCGCUUACUCGCAAGAAGCCUGGGAAGAAGCGACGGGUGCAGCUGCGCAAGCGGGCUGUGGCAGCGCAGGUUGCGAAGGAAAACGAAGCUGAAAAGCGAACUCGGAAAAACCGAGAGAGGAAAUUGAAGCGUAGACAGAAAGCGAGAGAGCAGAAAGCUGCGGCGGCAGGUGUCAGUGUUGAGGAUAUUGCCAUGGCUGAUGGCAAUGAUUCAUCGGGCGGAGAGGAAUGA